CUCGCGAUGUUUCUCGCGGGAGUCAACAGUCGCCAUGUUUACGGAGCGGGGCUGAGACUGGGUGAAAACUACUGGAAAAGAUUCCAAUAUAUUUGCAUGUUCAACUAGCUGUAUGCUUCACGCCGAUCACGGAACACUCGUUCUUGUAUCUGCGAAUCUCCCCCUUUCCCAUUAGAAAUAGGACGAGCAAGUUGAGUGAAACAGGGCGUACUUUGGCAUAGUUAAGCAGGUCUUUGGUUCCGUGCGGCCUUUGAGCUAGCGACGGUAGCUAACGCUGCCUGCACGUCGCGUGUGUUGCUACUUUCGGUUUAUUUAGCCUCCUGUCCCUUGUAAGGGUUAAGCCCUACUGUAUUUGGGAAGGUAGACUGCUUUCUGAAAAAUGAUUAUAGAGAACCUUGAUGCCUUGAAGUCCUGGCUCUCAAAAACCCUUGAACCAAUAUGUGAUGCUGACCCGUCAGCUCUGGCUAAAUAUGUUGUCGCCUUGGUGAAGAAGGAUAAAUCAGAGAAAGACCUGAAAGCACUAUGCAUUGACCAGUUGGAUGUAUUUCUCCAGAAAGAAACACAGAUCUUUGUAGAUAAACUUUUUGAAGCUGUGAACACAAAGAGUUAUCUACCUCAGUUUGAGCAGUCAUUGACAGUCGUCAAAACAGAAGCUUACCAGCGGCAAGAAAAAGAUGAACAGAAGAAAGAAGAGCCCAAUAAAGAAGAUGACAAGGAGAAAAAAUUCUCACGGAGGGUGACGCACAGCCCUCUCCAGUCCACUUCACGGUACAGAGACAGCAGAAGGAGUGAUGAUCGCAAAAAGGAUGACCGCUCCCGAAAGCGUGACUAUGACCGCGUGCCUCCCAGACGGGACUCUUACAGGGAUCGAUAUAACCGGAGGAGGGGGCGCAGUCGGAGCUACAGCCGCAGCAGGAGCAAGGACCGCCCCCGCGACCGAGAGCGGGAUCGUGAUCGUGACCGGGAGAGAGAUCGAGACAGGGACCGUGAUCGGGAUAGGGACAGGAGCAGGAGCAGGUCCCGAAGCAGAAGUCGUUCCAGGAGCCAGAGCAGGACUAGAAGUCGAGAAAGGGACACUGUCAAAUCAAAGUAUGACCACGACCGUGUGGAGAGGCUAGAGCCCCCGGAGAGCUACACUCCUGCACCACUGGUGCCCGGCAUCUCUUCUGGGCAUUUCCCAGUGCCUACUCUCAGCAGCACCAUUACGGUCAUCGCUCCCACACACCACGGCAACAGCACCACGGAAAGCUGGUCGGAAUUCCACGAGGAACAUACGCUGGACCACAGCUCCUUUGGCCAGGGGGCACCGCAGAGGAAACGUUGCAGAGAUUAUGAUGAGAAAGGUUUCUGCAUGCGUGGUGACAUGUGCCCAUUUGACCACGGCAGCGACCCAGUGGUUGUGGAGGACGUGAACCUACCUAGCAUUCUUCCAUUUCAAGCACAGCCCCUCCCCGUGGUGGAGGCACCACCUCCUCCAGGACUCCCACCACCUCCGCCCCUCAUGACACCACCACCAGUGAACCUGCGGCCGCAAGUGCCUCCUCCAGGGGCCUUGCCACCCAGCCUUCCUCCUAUAGCAGGUCCGCCACCGCCGCUCCCCCCUCUUCAGCCGUCGGGAAUGGAUGCCCCCCCGAACUCCAUCACCAGCUCUGUGCCCACUAUUGUCACAUCAGGGAUUCGCCUCCCCCCACCGCAGUCCCCAACACCUCUAUUUACAUCAGACACCUUUGAGACGGACAUGUACAAUCCUGAGGCUCCCAGUAUCACCAACUCUUCCAGACCUGUGUAUAGGCACAGAGUGCACGCGCAGAGACCAAAUCUCAUCGGCUUGACUAUGGGGGAGGUGGACCUGCCCCCACGGGAAAAACUUUCAAACAGCAAUAGUGUCAGGAUUGUUAUUGAGUCAGACUCCGGAAAACGAUCUGCAGGCCUAAACGAUGGAAUUCCAGCAAAGAAGCCAUGGUUUGACAACAGGCACAGUUUUAACAAACCUAAUCAGGGGUUUCACAAGAUGCCAUUUGGCUCACCAAAUGCAAAGCUGGAUGUCAGGCAGAUUCCCAAAGAGCUUAACAACAUCAGCAAACUCAAUGAACACUUCAGUAAGUUUGGGACCAUUGUUAACCUGCAGGUUGCCUACCAGAACGACCCUGAAGGAGCACUCAUCCAGUUCGCAACACACGAGGAGGCCAAACGAGCUAUUCUAAGUACAGAGGCUGUGCUGAACAACCGUUUUAUCAAGGUGUUUUGGCACCGCGAAGACGCUGGUCCCCAUCUUCAGCCACAGACGGCUAUGCAGGCCACUCAGCAGCCCCCAGCGAUGGCCCUCAAGCAGUCCGUUAAAGAUCGCCUGGGCCCCCUUCCAACAGGGAACUUGGAGCCCCCCCAGGAGUCAGGCAUUGCCAUGCAGAACACAGCUAAAGUUCCAGUGAAAGAUCGGCUGGGCUUUUCCAUAAAACCGGCCAUUGCUGUAGGAAAGGUUCUUUCAACUUCAACGGGAUUGACCAAAACGUUGUUCAAUCCAAAAGCAUUAAAAGCUUCUCAGAGGACUUUGCCUUCCCUGAACCCAGGUGCUGCCUCAGAGGCUCUUAAGAAGAAACAGGAAGCCUUACAGGAAGCCUUGAAGCUUCAACAAGAUGUCCGGAAGAAGAAGCAGGAGAUCCUGGAGAAGCAUAUUGAAACACAAAAACUGUUGAUAUCCAAAUUGGAGAAAAAUAAGUCCAUCAAACCAGAGGACAAAUCUCAAUUCAUGGAAACGCUGACCACACUCACUAGAAACAUCACCAAGAUGCAGGCUGAGCUCAAAGCCGUUUCAAGUGGUAAUCCUAUGAAGACCGCUAAAAGCAAAGCUCAGGCCCAGAAGGAGUUGUUGGACACUGAGCUGGAUUUGUACAAGAAGAUGCAAGCUGGGGAAGACACUGCACAGCUGAGGAAGAAAUACACACAGUUACAGCUAGAGGCUGCCAAAAGAGGUAUCCUGGCCUCAGGCCGUGGCAGAGGUGCCCAUAUCCGUGGUCGUGGGUCCCUGCGGAGUAGGGGAUAUGGGAUUAGAGGCCGGGGUAGGGGGGUCUUGAUCCAUGCUGUAGUAGACCAUCGCCCACGGGCUCUGGAGAUUUCAGGGUUUACAGAACAGGACCGGGUGGACCUCCUCCCCCAUUUUGCACACUUUGGUGAAAUCGAAGAUUGCCAGAUCAAUGAGACUGCUCUGAGUGCCGUAAUCACCUACAAGACAAGGGCAGAGGCCGAGAUGGCUGCAGUCCAUGGGGUGAAGUUCAACAACCAGGACCUGAAGUUGUCCUGGCAUAAGCCUACUGCAUCCCUCUGUGCUAUAGAUGCUGAAGACAUGGAGCCAGAAGAUGAGGAGUUUCAGGAUACACCACUUGCGGAUAAUGCAUUGCUGCAGGAUGACGACGAAGAGGACGAUGACAAUGAACCUCGAUCCUGGAGAAGAUGAAGACACCUGGGGGCCCACUGUGGACCGUCAACAGGAGGCUUAUAUAACAGUUUUCUCUUGAAAUGCUUGUUUUUAACAACUAGUUACUUAGAAUUUAACAUUUAAUACAAAUUUGCUUGGAAAAUAUUUCCAAAAAACAAUGUUAUUCACUAUACUGUAGUAAUAACAGGAAGUACAGCUUUUUAUGUAAUGUGAAACUGUUAAACUGAAUUGGUACGUUUUUUUUUUCCAUUUUUAAUUUGGUCUUAAAAAUGACCAGAUUUAUUUUCAGUCAUGGUUCCAUAUUAUGGAAUAGAUAUGUUGAAUUCCUUAAUGAAUAUGGGAAAUUGAAAGAACCUUUGGGCUUUUUUUUUGGGUAAAGUUACUAGAGCUGCAUAAGUAGGCUUUGUGUACUUAGCCUUUGGUAGUUGCUUUUGUGUAUAUAUUUUAUGUAUGAAUUUUAAUGAUUUGUAUGAUGGCAUUGAUUUAGUCACUUGGCUUUAUUUUGAAAUGUGAAAAUAAAAAAAAAUUGAAAUGGUCUAGCAUAACUGCUUAAAAAUUAAAAAAAAAAAAAAAAAAAAAACAUUGGAAAUGGCAAAAGAGAAAAUAUGCAUUAAAAAAGAGCAGAAAAAAAGACCAUUUCAAAUUCCCCCAAUCCCCCGUCCUCACAGAAAGAGCAAAAAUCCAUUUAAAGCUUCGAUUUGGGUACCCUUAUGCAAGGUAAGAGACAGUGUGUUUGUGUCUUGUAUGGUGAAGGUAAGUAAAUGGAGUGUGACAUGCAGGCACUGUACAGAUCAGAUAGGCUUCAGUAUAGUGUGGCAGAUAAGGGAGGCCUAUAGGUUGCUUAACUUAAAGCUGAAUGUAAAUGUGGGAAUUUCCUAUAUAAUUUAAAGUAAUGAGAAUUUUUAGUUUGUAGGGUCACUUUUCACCCUAAUUUCUAUGUUAAAUUUUGAAAGUAUAAAAUAAGGUAUCUACACCUUGCGUUCCAUUUCAACAGGUUAAGCUGUCAUUGUUGCUGCAAUAUUAACCUAUUUUAUUCCUCUUUUCAAGCUGUCUUGCCUAAUGGGAUCCAGAAGAAUGGCCAACCCUCCCACUUAAUUGUCAAUGAAGUGUGUGUGUGUGUGUGUGUUUGUGUGAGACUAGUGCCAAAGUGGUAUUUUAAGUGCUGUUGUACUUGAUCACCAUAUUUGAAUUCAUCAGUGUAUAUCUAAAUAUACAUGAUUAUUUA